ACACAGAGACCUUCAUCCCUGCCCUGCUGCCAGGGCAAAGCACCGACAUGCAGCCUGUGCCCCUGCACAGCCUUUCGGAGCUGGAGAGAGCCACUCUGCAAGAGAUUGCUCUGUACCAGCUGCAGGAGAAGCUGCUCCCCAGAGAUCUCAGCCUGGCUAAAGUCAGACCUAAAGGUGGCAAAUCUAUCCGCCAGAAGCUGGAGAGCUUCUCAAAGGAGAAGAAGGACUGCUCUCCUCAGACCUUCGGGAUCCCGCUCUCCCAGGUCAUUGCCAAUGACCGAGCGCACCGGCAGCUGCAGGAGGCGGUGAGGAGCAGCCGCCGGCUCUGCCUGGAGGUGGAGGCGACCGUGAGGAGAUUCCGGGCUCAAAGGCACCAGAGGACGGGCAUGGGCAGGAGCCCGGUGCCCUGCAGCGCCCUCCCGGAGGAGCCACUUCCCCCGACUCUCUCUGGCAGCGGGUCCUGGCGCCAGCGGAGGGGCGCGAUGUCCGUGGACUCCAUCGCUGACCUGAGUGACAACACCUCCAAGCUGCUGGAGGCUCUGCAGUUGUCACACCCGCAUGAGCUGGGUCCACGGAGGAGCCCGGGCAAGAAGAAGAUGUUGAGUCUCAACCCCAUCACCUGGCAGGUCCCGCGGAUCGUGGACAGAUGCUGCAAACACAUUGAAACACACGGUCUCCACACUGUGGGCAUCUUUCGGGUUGGGAGCUCCAAGAAGAGAGUUCAGCAGCUGAGGGAGGAGUUUGACCAAGGACUCGACGUGUUCCUGGAUGAGCAUCAAAGUGUUCACGAUGUGGCUGCUCUGCUCAAAGAGUUUCUUCGGGACAUGCCAGAUUCCCUGAUUCCCAGAGAGCUCUACUCAGCUUUCCUCAGCACAGCCUCCAUGGCGGGCCCGGCCCAGCUGGGGGCGCUGCAGCUGCUGCUGUUCCUGCUGCCGCCCUGCCACAGCGACACGCUGCUGCGGCUCCUGCGCUUCCUCGGCGAGGUGGCGCGGCACGCGCGGAGCUCCCGCGGCGCCGACGGACGCGAGACUCCUGGGAAUAAAAUGACAGUUUCAAACUUGGCCACAAUCUUUGGUCCCAACGUCCUGCAGAAAGAGAGGCCUGGAGAGAAAGAUGCUGCUGCUGUGAACUAUGAGGACAGCGCUGCCAUCAUACUGGUGCUCCAGAGGCUGAUUGAGCACCACCAGACCCUGUUCAUGGUGCCCCCCGAAACGCAGCGACACAUCUUCAGGAGGCUCUUUCAGACAGACCCCGAUGUCAUCGAGUACCUGCUGCGCCGGAGGCUCCGCGCUGCACCGAGCACAGAGAAUGAGGAUUCAAGAGAGAAGCACGCUCCAUCCACUCUGCCGGGGUGGACUCGCAGCCUGGAGAGCAGCUCGGUCUCAUCAGAGCUGUACAGCAGCAUCUCAUUCCUAAACCUGGACGUUGGCAUCUAGCAGUGCUGGGCCAGCCCCCCUGCACUGCCUGCUGCGGACAGGACUGGGCAGCCGGGCAACCCUUCCCCACCAGAGCCACGUCUUCUGUGCCACUUCGGAGGAGCGGAGCUGUGACAGGAGCAUGAAUACCUGCGGGAGCCCCUUUGCCACCAGCGGACAUCCCAGUGGCAUGCAGGCUGGAGAGCAGCAGGCUGGAGAGCAGCAGGAAGGUGUCUGACAGACUGGGGGAUGUGACCUGGAGGUCCAAAACUGACCCCAUCUGGUGUAGCUCCAGGCACUGGUUGGGCUGGUGGCUUACAGAGAUGGGGGAGCAAUAGCCUGGGGCUGAGCCCCCCUGUGCAGACAGGGAGGAGACUGGCCUGACACCGAAUGGAUGGGAACUGUUAGCAGCACAGUGAGGAUGCAAAAUGCAGUUGGGGCUUUGGGAUCCCACUUACCAUGUGCUGUUGUGCGGAGAGGAAGCUCUCCUGGAGCUGGAGGAAUGCCCAUGGAGCUACAGCAACAGCACUAUCAUUGCAAAGACAUCCUGGCCUGCUCUGUCCAGAAUGAAUCACAGCUUUCUUCUUUGUUUUAACCCAGGUUUAAAACUGCUCAUUUUAUAGAUAUAAAGCACUGUAUCAACCCCAAAGGGUAUGGCUGGUGUAGCAGGAGAGCACAGUAUACUCUGAGGACUAUAAACUUCAAUUUUCCUUGACUUCA